GACAGGGGAGGAGACUAGGAACGGUGGGAGCGGCGGUGUGUGGAGAAGCCGCUGCCGGUGUCAUGGCGGAGCUGAGUGAGGAGGCGCUGCUGUCAGUAUUACCGACGAUCCGGGUCCCUAAGGCUGGAGACCGGGUCCACAAAGACGAGUGCGCCUUCUCCUUCGACACGCCGGAGUCUGAGGGGGGCCUCUACAUCUGUAUGAACACAUUUCUGGGCUUCGGGAAACAGUAUGUGGAGAGACAUUUCAAUAAGACCGGCCAGCGAGUCUACCUGCACCUCCGGCGGACCCGGCGUCUGAAAGAGGAGGACCCUACUACAGGCACUGGAGACCCACCCCGGAAGAAGCCCACGCGGCUGGCUAUUGGUGUUGAAGGCGGGUUUGACCUUAGCGAGGAGAAGUUUGAAUUAGACGAGGAUGUGAAGAUUGUCAUUUUGCCAGAUUACCUGGAGAUUGCCCGGGAUGGACUGGGGGGACUGCCUGACAUUGUCAGAGAUCGGGUGACCAGUGCAGUGGAGGCCCUACUGUCAGCUGACUCAGCCUCCCGCAAGCAGGAGGUGCAGGCAUGGGAUGGGGAAGUACGGCAGGUGUCUAAGCAUGCCUUCAGCCUCAAGCAGUUGGACAACCCUGCUCGAAUCCCUCCCUGUGGCUGGAAGUGCUCUAAGUGUGACAUGAGAGAGAACCUGUGGCUCAACCUGACGGAUGGCUCCAUCCUCUGUGGGCGACGCUACUUCGACGGCAGUGGAGGCAACAACCACGCUGUGGAGCACUACCGGGAGACGGGCUACCCAUUAGCUGUCAAGCUGGGCACCAUCACCCCUGAUGGAGCUGACGUGUACUCAUAUGAUGAGGAUGACAUGGUCCUGGACCCCAGCCUGGCUGAGCACCUGUCCCACUUUGGCAUCGACAUGCUGAAGAUGCAGAAGACAGACAAGACGAUGACUGAGUUGGAGAUAGACAUGAACCAGCGGAUUGGUGAAUGGGAGCUGAUCCAGGAGUCGGGUGUGCCUCUCAAGCCCCUAUUUGGGCCUGGCUACACAGGCAUCCAGAACCUGGGUAACAGCUGCUACCUCAACUCCGUGGUCCAGGUGCUCUUCAGCAUCCCUGACUUCCAGAGGAAGUAUGUGGAUAAGCUGGAGAAGAUCUUCCAGAAUGCCCCGACGGACCCUACCCAGGACUUCAGCACCCAGGUGGCCAAGCUGGGCCAUGGCCUUCUCUCCGGGGAGUAUUCCAAGCCAGUACCAGAGUCGGGCGAUGGGGAGCGGGUGCCAGAACAGAAGGAAGUUCAAGAUGGCAUUGCCCCUCGGAUGUUCAAGGCCCUCAUCGGCAAGGGCCACCCUGAAUUCUCCACCAACCGGCAGCAGGAUGCCCAGGAGUUCUUCCUUCACCUUAUCAACAUGGUGGAGAGGAAUUGCCGGAGCUCUGAAAAUCCGAACGAAGUGUUCCGCUUCUUGGUGGAGGAGAAGAUUAAGUGCCUGGCCACAGAGAAGGUGAAGUACACCCAGCGAGUUGACUACAUCAUGCAGCUGCCUGUGCCCAUGGAUGCAGCCCUUAACAAAGAGGAGCUUCUGGAGUAUGAGGAGAAGAAGCGGCAAGCCGAAGAGGAGAAGAUGCCACUGCCAGAACUGGUUCGGGCCCAGGUGCCCUUCAGCUCUUGCCUGGAGGCCUACGGGGCCCCUGAGCAGGUGGAUGACUUCUGGAGCACGGCCCUGCAGGCCAAGUCAGUAGCUGUCAAGACCACACGAUUUGCCUCAUUCCCUGACUACCUGGUCAUCCAGAUCAAGAAGUUCACCUUCGGCUUAGACUGGGUGCCCAAGAAACUGGAUGUGUCCAUCGAGAUGCCAGAGGAGCUCGACAUCUCCCAGUUGAGGGGCACAGGGCUGCAGCCUGGAGAGGAGGAGCUGCCAGACAUUGCCCCACCCCUGGUCACUCCGGAUGAGCCCAAAGGUAGCCUUGGUUUCUAUGGCAACGAAGACGAAGACUCCUUCUGCUCCCCUCACUUCUCCUCUCCGACAUCACCCAUGCUGGAUGAAUCCGUCAUCAUCCAGUUGGUGGAGAUGGGCUUCCCUAUGGACGCCUGCCGCAAAGCUGUCUACUACACGGGCAACAGCGGGGCCGAGGCCGCCAUGAACUGGGUCAUGUCACACAUGGAUGAUCCAGAUUUUGCGAACCCCCUCAUCCUGCCUGGGUCUAGCGGGCCAGGCUCCACAAGUGCAGCAGCCGACCCCCCUCCUGAGGACUGUGUGACCACCAUUGUCUCCAUGGGCUUCUCCCGGGACCAGGCCCUGAAAGCGCUGCGGGCCACGAACAAUAGUUUAGAACGGGCUGUGGACUGGAUCUUCAGUCACAUUGAUGACCUGGAUGCUGAAGCUGCCAUGGACAUCUCAGAGGGCCGCUCAGCUGCCGACUCCAUCUCUGAAUCUGUGCCAGUGGGACCUAAAGUCCGGGAUGGUCCUGGAAGUGAGUGUCCCCAGGAAGCAGGACAGGCCUGGUGGAAUCUGAGUAUCAGCUCUUUGCCUUCAUUAGUCACAUGGGCACCUCGACCAUGUGUGGUCACUACGUCUGCCACAUCAAGAAGGAAGGCAGAUGGGUGAUCUACAAUGACCAGAAAGUGUGUGCCUCUGAGAAGCCGCCCAAGGACCUGGGCUACAUCUACUUCUACCAGAGAGUGGCCAGCUAAGAGCCUGCCUCACCCCUUACCAAUGGGGGCAGGGGAAGACCACCUGGCAUGAGGGAGAGGGGCUGAGGGAUGGACUUUAGCCCUUCUGCUCUGUACCCUUUUUCCUUUUGUCCCCGGCAGCAGGGAAGAAGCUGGAGGCUGUGGGAGAAUGGCUGGGCAGAGCAGAGGGGCAUCGAUAGACUCUGGGGAUGGAGCAGGAUGGGGACGGGAGGGGCCGGCCACCUGUCUGUAAGGAGACUUUGUUGCUUCCCCUGCCCGGGAAUCCACAGUGCUCUGCUUCUCUGUCGCCCUGCCCAGCCCCCUGGUGUGGAGGGAGGGGUCUCAUUUGUGCGCGCGCGUGGGUGUAGCUUUGUGUGUCCUCUCCCAGGUGAGUGAGCACCUGUGCCUCCCCUCCCCCUUUGUUUGCCCCUGUGUGGUUGGUCAAGGAGGGAUGUGAGGGAAAUAGGGACCCCCCCCCCUUGCCCUCCUGCCUCAGUCUUUCCCCCACCCUGUCUCUUCCUUGUCCUUCUCUGGAAAAUGCCAAAACACGAUGUGAAUAAAAGUACAACUGCUAAA